AUGGCUUCAAUGGUGGAUAGCCCACCAAAAAGCGGGCUCUCGCUGGUUUUGCAGAAUCCCUAUUUAUGCGGCGUGGCUUCGUUCUCUACCCUGGGCGGCUUGCUAUUCGGUUAUGACCAAGGCGUAGUCAGCGGUGUGAUUACUAUGGAGUCAUUUGGGGCUCGUUUCCCUCGAGUCUUUUCUGAUAGUGGGUUCAAGGGAUGGUUCGUGUCGACGCUUCUACUCGCUGCCUGGCUUGGAUCCCUAAUCAAUGGUCCCCUCUCUGAUCGGGUUGGCCGGAAAAUCUCUAUAAAUCUAGCCGUUAUUGUUUUCGUGAUUGGGUCUGCUAUUCAAUGCGCUGCAGUGAACAUUCCAAUGCUCUUUGUCGGUCGAGCAAUUGCCGGGUUGGCAAUUGGGAUGCUUACCAUGGUAGUGCCAUUAUACAUCUCCGAGGUUUCCAUUCCAGAGAUCCGGGGCAGUCUUGUUGUGAUACAACAAUUGUCGAUUACCAUUGGGAUUCUUAUUAGCUACUGGAUCGACUAUGGCACCAACUAUAUCGGUGGUACUCGUUGUGCCCCGAAUAUUCCCUAUACAGGAGGAACAGCUUCAUCACCCUCUUUCGACCCUUAUCAAGAUGUACCUUCUGGUGGCUGCACCGGCCAGUCUGAAGCUUCUUGGCGUCUUCCACUAGCUCUACAGAUCGCCCCAGCAAUCACCUUGGGCAUCGGAAUGUUGUUUUUCCCAGACUCACCGCGAUGGCUGUUAAUGAAGGAGCGAGAUGAUGAUUCGCUUGCUGCGCUCUCACGGCUGCGCCGCCGGCCUCGCGAUAGUCCUGAACUGCAGAAUGAGUACCUAGAAAUUCGUGCAUCCAUUAUGCUGGAGAACUCGUUCGCUAAGGAAAACUUCCCCAAUCUAUCUGGUUUCAAGCUUCAUGUUGCGCAGUAUAUGUCCAUGUUGACUAAUUGGGCCCGGUUCCGAAGAUUAGCUAUAGGCUGCAUCGUGAUGUUCUUCCAGCAAUUUAUGGGCUGCAAUGCCAUGAUCUACUACGCACCUACGAUCUUUGCCCAACUCGGUCUCAGCGGUAACACAUCAUCUCUCCUUGCAACGGGUGUAUACGGUAUCGUGAAUUGUCUAAGUACGCUCCCAGCUCUGUUCUUUAUUGACAAGGUUGGACGCCGUGUCCUGCUUAUGGCUGGUGCCACGGGUACCUGUAUCUCACUGGCUAUCGUGGGCGGUAUUCUGGGAGCUUAUGGGUCCAGCUUGCCAGAUCAUAAAUCGGCUGGAUGGGUUGGUAUUGCUUUCAUCUAUAUCUACGAUAUCAACUUUUCGUACUCUUUCGCUCCAAUUGGUUGGGUAUUACCUUCGGAGAUAUUCAAUCUCUCUAUCCGAGCUAAAGCCAUGUCUAUUACAACAUCUGCAACUUGGAUGUGUAAUUUUAUCAUUGGACUUGUCACCCCAGACAUGCUUGACUCCAUCACCUAUGGCACCUACAUCUUUUUCGCGGUCUUUUGUCUCCUGGCACUCGGAUUUACGUUUUUCUGUAUUCCCGAGACACGAGGAAAGACUCUUGAAGACAUGGAUCUCAUCUUCGGAGAUACCGCUGCACAUGAAGAGAAGAGACGCAUUAAGCGGAUUGAGGCACGCCUGCGUGGUACCCCUGUUGAUGACGAUGUUGAUUCCCUAAAGCCGGCAGAUGAGCAUGCGGAGAUUGCGAAUGAUGUUUAA